UUCCAAUGGAUUUAUUGUUGGUGUGGAUGAAGAAAACGGAGAUGUGUUUUCGAUUGUUGAUCAUCCAGAUCUUGCAGAUUAUUUGAAUCCUUCAGUACCGUCAUCUGAACUAGCUACAUUGGUGCUUCAAAAUAUUCAAGAAGUUUCAACACCAUUAUCUUCUCAAAUUUAUCAUUACAUUUACACGCAGGAUGGUAGAUUUUUUGAUGCUAAGCAAGAACCAAAAAAUGUUAUUGUUAUUAGUAACGCAGAACCUUGGGUUCGUUUCAAACAACAUUCUCGCAUUUCGGCCUAUCUUAAUAAUGAUAAGACACUACAAGUAAUUAUGGGAUUAACCACAAUUCAAGUGUGGCGAAAAAAUAAUUAUUCUAAAUACAAACGAAGACUUGAGUAUAUUUGGACUAGUCCUCAUGGUGAAAGAUUCGAUGUUCAAAGAUUACUAAUUGGUAAUGGAGAAUUUUUUGUUGAGUUGUUACUUCCUGAAGCUAAACAAAAAAUUGAAAUUCAUUGGCCACAUAAAU